AUGGACCCCAAGCGCUGCGCGCCUUUCGGCGUGGGGCCCGGGCCCGGCCCCUACGCGGCCGCGGCGGACGAGCCGCCCGGCCCCCAGGGGACCCCCGCUGGCGCGCCUCACCUGCACCCCGCGCCGCCCCGCGGCCCCCGCCUGACCCGUUUUCCGGCCUGCGGGCCCUUGGAGCCCUACCUCCCAGAGCCGGCCAAGCCGCCCGCCAAGUACCUGCAGGACCUCGGGCCCGGCCCGGCGCUCAACGGCAGCCACUUCUACGAGGGCCCCGCGGAAGCCGAGGAGAAGGCCUCCAAAGCUGCCAGCUUCCCCCAGCUGCCCUUGGACUGCCGAGGGGCGCCCAGAGACGGGGCCUCUAACUUGCAAGGCUCCCCAGGCCCUUGUCUGGCCAGCCUGCGUGUCCCUCUGUCCCCGGGACUGCCUGACUCCAUGGAGUUGGCCAAGAACAAGAGCAAGAAGCGCCGUAACCGCACGACCUUCAGCACGUUCCAGCUGGAAGAGCUGGAGAGAGUCUUCCAGAAAACCCACUACCCUGAUGUGUAUGCCCGGGAGCAGCUGGCUCUGCGAACGGACCUCACCGAGGCCCGGGUACAGGUCUGGUUCCAGAACCGCAGAGCGAAGUGGCGGAAGCGUGAGCGCUACGGGAAGAUCCAGGAGGGGCGGAACCCCUUCACAUCUGCCUAUGACAUCUCUGUGCUGCCCCGAACAGACAGCCACCCACAGCUGCAGAACUCCCUGUGGCCCAGUCCAGGGUCCGGGAGCCCCUCCGGCCCCUGCCUCGUGUCUCCAGAGGGCAUGCCCUCCCCGUGCAUGUCUCCAUACUCCCACUCUCAUGGGAAUGUGGCUGGCUUCAUGGGGGUGCCAGCCUCCCCCGGAGCCCACCCUGGCAUCUACUCCAUCCAUGGCUUCUCCCCUGCCCUGGGGGGCCACAGCUUUGAGCCUACCCCAGAUGGCGACUAUAAGUCUCCAAGCCUCAUCUCGCUCAGGGUGAAGUCCAAGGAGCCACCCAGCCUACUGAACUGGACCACGUGAUCGGUUGCGUGGACAUGCAGACUAAGCUGCCCACCCCCCUUUUCCUGUUCCCAGCUGCUCCCACCCCACCCCAGCCUGGAUGCCAGA